UACUACCAUGCUCUUCCCCCCUCCAUAGACACACAUUGCAUUCAGUUCUCCCUUGUCUCAAUUGCAUUUAUGUACAGAGUUUCUCCAAUUACUUUCUUCUCCAUUUAAUUCCUUGCACAGAUUUCAAUCUCUGUCUCCCAUGGCUUCCAUCUUCCUCCCUUUCCUCUUCCUCUUCCUCACUGUGAUCCCACCAACUCCAAGCAAUGCUGGUGACUGGCCACCCUCCCCUGGCUACUACCCCAGUUCAAAGUUCAGGUCCAUGAACUUCUACGAUGGGUACAGGAAUCUUUGGGGCUCAACCCACCAAAGUGUGGAUAACAAUGGCUUAACCAUGUGGCUUGACAGGACAUCAGGAAGUGGGUUCAAAUCCGUUAAACCAUUCCGUUCUGGGUACUUCGGAGCUUCCAUCAAGCUUCAACCUGGGUACACUGCAGGAGUGAUCACUGCCUUCUAUCUUUCAAAUGUUGAAGAACACCCAGGGUUCCAUGAUGAAGUGGACAUUGAGUUUCUUGGGACCACAUUUGGGAAGCCAUACACAUUGCAGACCAAUGUGUAUGUGAGAGGGAGUGGAGAUGGUAACAUUGUUGGUAGGGAAAUGAAGUACCAUUUGUGGUUUGACCCUACACAAGGUUUUCAUCACUAUGCCAUCUUUUGGAGCCCUAGAGAGAUCAUAUUUCUUGUGGAUGAUGUGCCAAUAAGGAGGUACCCUAGGAAGAGCAUUGAGACAUUUCCACUAAGGCCAAUGUGGAUAUAUGGAUCCAUCUGGGAUGCAUCCUCCUGGGCAACUGAGGAUGGAAAAUACAAGGCGGAUUACCGGUACGAGCCGUUCGUCGGAAAACUCACGAAUUUCAAGGCGAGCGGAUGCUCCGCCUAUGCGCCGCGGUGGUGCCGCCCGUUGACCGCCUCGCCGUACCGCUCCGGUGGGCUGAGCAGGCAGCAGAAUAGGGCCCUGAAGUGGAUUGAGAGCCACUACUUGGUGUACAACUAUUGUACUGACUCCAAGAGAGACCAUUCCAGAACCCCAGAAUGCUGGAUGCACUAAAAUGGAUAUGAUCAAAUAUUUCUUCCCAAUUGUCACUCAAUCUAUGUUUCCUUUGUGAAGAGUAGUUGUACGUGGUGGGUGGGG